AUGGUGAUGAUUAUCGUGAAAAUCGUGCUGAUGGUGCCGAUAGUGGCAGUAAUGGUAGCGAUGCUGAGGGAAUUCAUGACAGUUUGUGCUAAUAGCAACGAUGACAGUGAUUGCGAUAGUGAUGAUGAUAUUGAUGGUGGCGAUAGUGAUGGCAGUGAUGGUGGUGACAUUCGUGACGGUGGUGAUGAUGAUGGUGAUAUUCGUGGUAAUGGUGAUAUUCGUGGCAGUAGUGAUAGUGAUAAUCGCGAUGAUGAUAACGAUAGUGGUGGCGAUAAUGGUGGCGAUGAUAGUGAUGGUGAUGAUGAUAAUGAUGGUGAUAAGGGUUAUAUUCGUGGUGAUGAUGAUGAUGAACAUUGUGAUGAUGGGGAUAAUUGUGAUGACGGUGAUGGUCGUGGCAAUAAUAAUGGUGAUGGUGAUGAGGAGGAGGAGGAUGGUAAUAGUGAUAAUCAUAAUAAUGAUAACGAUGGUGAUGCUGUUGUUGAUGAUGCCGAUGAGGGAAGUGAUAUUCGUGGUAUUGGUGAUAGUGAUAAUCGCGAUGAUGUUAACGGUAAUGGUGAUGAUGAUGACGACGGUGGCGAUAGUAAUGGGAGUGAUGGUGGUGACAUUCGUGAUAGUGAUGAUGGUGAUGAUAUUCGUGGUAAUGGCGAUAAUGGUGGUAAUGAUGAUAGUGGCAAUCGUGAUAAUGCUGGUGACGAUGAUGGUGGUGAUAAUCACAACAAUAAUGAUGAUAACGAUAGUGAUGACGAUGCCGAGGUCUCUUAUUCCCUGCGGACGCGACCGACCUCCGCAGCCGACAUGCCCACCGACCCGUCGAUGUUCGCCGUGGGCAGCCAGGGCGCCGCCUCCGUGCGUCUCUCGCUCUACAACGACCAGCUCCGCAUCCUGUGCAACGUCAGCUGA